AAAGUAAGUAGGAAAGAAAGAGAGGAUAAAAACACAGAAAGGAAGAAGGAAAGAAUAAUGGAGGCCGGAAGACGUUCAAGUAAAGGACUGGAACUGACUGAGUUUAAGCUGAAACACCCUGAGAAAGACCGUUUGGACAGUGAUGAAGACCACGAGAAGGCCGGUGGUCGUUUGGAUGAUGCAGGUGAUGAUGAAGACUGUGGGAAGGACGUUGUGGACGAUGAUGAGGACGCUGUGCUGCUCUGGGUUCCCAGUGGCCGUGGACUGAUCUCGGGGCUUCUGGGGCUGAAUUUGGUGCUGCUGGGCGCUGCCCUGGUGGCCGGAGACGCUUUUCACCCUGCAGGCUUACAGCACCAAGAGCCUGAGGUGUUCCUGCUGCUGCUGAUGGGGCUGAGCGUGGUGUGGAUGCUGUGGUACCUGCUGUGGGCACGCGCACGUCCUGGAUUACCCCCUCACACUGACCACCACGCAGGGGGCCCCACUGUCACAGUGGUGUUAAUGCUGUUUGCAGGAUUCAGUUUACUGCUCUGUGUGUUUAUGAUGGUUCACAACAUCCUAAUGAAGGACUGUCUGCCUUCUGCUAAAGUUCUUUUACCAUUCUUUCAAACUCCCUUCCUCGGCCUGCAGACGUAUCUGCUGUGGGCUCACUCCAAAGACUGCAUCCACAUACACAUGAUCCUCACCAGGUCAGGGCUGAUGCUGAUUUUGUGCACAGAUAUCUUGUUAUGGUUGAGCGCAGUAACAGAAGAUUCCGUUCACAUGGAGAUUGAGUUGGAGAAAGAGUUCAAGCAGCCCAUCAGAGGAGAGUUAGACCAGGAAGACGACGGCAACUCCACAGACUGCAACUGUGGCAGACAGCUUGUUUGCCCCGCUCUGCGGAAAGGCUACGAGGUCCUGUACCCGUUUAACAUGGAGUUCAGCCUGCUGGCAGGCUGCAUGCUCUACGUCAUGUGGAAGAACGUGGGACGUCACACGACUGCCCCUCAUUCUGGUCACUCCCAAAAAAUCACCCUGCGUAUCUUAUGCUAUGGAGGCAUCCUGCUUGGUCCUGUGCUGGGUUUGCUGGUGCUGAUCUCCGGGGUGGUCAUUUUCGUACUGUACCAGGUGUGGGUGGGGCAGCGAGGGAUGCGCAUCAAGGCCUUCAUGCUGUUCUAUGGGUUCCACUUGGGCGUGAUGCCACUCAUGGCUCUUUGCGCAAUGGCAGGAACGGUGGUGUACCGGCGCAAAGAGAGACUACAGGGAAGGGAGCGGGGCAAGGGGAAAGAGGCAGGAAGGUCUGCUAAAAACCCAACUCGCAGACUGGAUGUAUUCCUGCUGGUGGGGUCCGGGCUAGGCCAGCUGUUCCUCUCUUACUCCUCUCUGGUGGCCGCUCUGGCUAUGGGACCCAGUGACGUUAUGGAGAGUCUAGACCUGUCGUAUUCACUGCUCAGCCUGCUGGAGCUGGUGCUGCAGAACGUGUUUAUCAUCCAAGGACUGCAAGACCACAAACACUUUGGUCAAAAGAGAGCAGAGAAGGAAACAUCAGAAGGAAGCGUUGGCUUCAAGCAGGUGGAGAAGAAUGAGGAAGGUGGUGGAGUUCUGGAGGAGGCUGAGGGAAAAGCAUUACAGGGAAGUAGUGAUGCUCCAGUGCCCCCUACAGGCACACCGGGACAAGACACUCACCGCUGGAGCAGGAGAGUGAUUCAGGAGAUUUGCGCCUUCCUCAUGUUGUCCAACAUCAUGUUAUGGGUGAUUCCAGCGUUCGGUGCCCACCCGCAGUUUGAGAGUGGAGUGGGGAAGCAGUUUUAUGGUUUCUUCGUGUGGUUCGUGUUGGUGAAUCUGGGCCAGCCGCUCAUUGUCUUCUACAGGAUGCACUCAGUAGGAGCUCUGAUGGAGCUGCUCAUCUUAGCAUGAAAACAAUGUUUAAUCUGUUUAUUCAAUAAAGGCUGUUUUAGUACUGUUUAA